AUGUCCGGUGGUAAAGGAAAAGCAUCUUCGGCUGAAAAGGCCUCAACCUCAAGAUCUUCUAAGGCAGGUUUGACCUUCCCUGUGGGAAGAGUCCACCGUCUUCUGAGAAGAGGUAACUACGCCCAAAGAAUUGGUUCUGGUGCUCCAGUCUAUUUGACUGCUGUCUUGGAGUACUUGGCUGCUGAAAUUUUGGAAUUGGCCGGUAACGCCGCCAGAGACAACAAGAAGUCCAGAAUUAUCCCAAGACACUUGCAAUUGGCCAUCAGAAACGAUGAGGAAUUGAACAAGUUGCUGGGACACGUCACCAUCGCCCAAGGUGGUGUCUUGCCAAACAUUCAAUCCGAAUUGUUGCCAAAGAAGUCUGCCAAGGCCAAGGCUUCUCAGGAAUUGUAA